GUGACACAAAACCGCCGGAAGUGAGUGUCUGCUGCGAUUGACAUUGUCUUAGGAAGAUUGUGAAGCCUUUCUCUCGGCCCAGGAGAGCAGCAGCAGUAGCUUUGUGCCAUGUCACUAGCAACAGACAUGUUUGUCUGCCAGAUGGCAGCUGCAGAACCUUGGCCCGAAAAUGCAACACUGUAUCAACCCUUGAAAGGGGAACAGAUUUUGCUGUCAGACAAUGCUUCCUGUCUUGCUGUUCAGGCGUUUCUGCGGAUGUGCAAUCUACCAGUCCAAGUGGUUUGUCGGGCAAAUGCAGAAUACAUGUCUCCAUCUGGCAAGGCUCCCUUUAUACAUGUUGGUAAUCAUGUUGUAUCAGAACUUGGUCCCAUAGUACAGUUUGCAAAAGCCAAGGGUCACUCGCUAAGUGACGGACUAGAUGAAAUUCAAAAAGCUGAGAUGAAAGCUUAUACAGAAUUGGUGAAUAAUAUGCUGUUGACAGCAGAGCUUUACGUUCAGUGGUGUGAUGAUAGUACAUCAGCAAAGAUAACUCGUUCGAGGUAUGGUUCACCAUAUCCUUGGCCUUUAAACCAUAUAUUAGCCUAUCAGAAACAAUGGGAAAUAAGGCGCAAGAUGAAGGCAAUUGGAUGGGGUGGAAAAUCUCUAAAGCAGGUGCUCGAAGAUGUGGAUCGAUGCUGUCAAGCUCUCUCUCAAAGGCUGGGUACCCAACCCUAUUUCUUUACCAAACAGCCAACAGAACUGGAUGCAUUGGUGUUUGGUCAUCUGUUCACCAUCCUUACAACUCAGCUGACCGAUGAUGCACUUUGUGAAAAAGUAAAAAAUUAUGAAAAUCUCAUCAAGUUUUGCAGAAGAAUAGAGCAACAAUACUUUGAAGAGCAUGAUCAGGAGAGUGUUUUGAGUUCAGUAUCCAGGUGUUCAAGAGGUUCUUCCACAAAGUAAUUAAUAAAGAACAAAAGGAGGGAAUGAUUAUUGAAAUAAUUAAUAUUAUAUCAAACUACAUAAAAACUGAAGGCUGUUGAAAAAAAAUGAUUUCCAAGUUGUGUGUGAUUAACACAGUUACAGUUCAAUCUCCUGUAACAUUUUUUCAUGUAAGAUUAUUCAAAAAUCUGCAGACUUUAAUUAUUAGCAAGAUGACCCUGUGCUUUAUUUUAUAUUUAAUAUAAAUUUAAUGACAAUUUGAUGGAAUUGUGUUUGUGAAAAACCAAUUAAAGAGUAAUUGGGAAACUCUAAA